AUGCAAAAAUUAAACCUUGAAAAGGUUAUGGGAAGUCGAGAUUGCAGAGAUCGUCAUUGCGUUAACAAACUUCCGUUUUGCAGGAGCGAUCUCGAAACUAAAGGGGUUUUAUCAUGCGUCUAUGACUUAAUGCUCUACAUAUUCGCAGGCCUUGGCGUUUGA